AUGCACAUUGGGUCUGUGGAACCUGAUAUUCCAGGCUCACUGAUGCUUGGCGGGUAUGAUCAAAGCCGAGUGUUGGAUCAAGUAAGCUCUCAACAGGUUGAUGCUACGAACCAUCUCGGCAAUCUUAUGAUUUAUCUCAAAGACAUCGGGAUAGGAGUUGCCACGGGGGGGUCACCAUUUGGCUUUGAGAAUAGAUCCGGACUGUUCAAAUGGGGAGAUAGCAUCACCAGCAGGGCGAAAACAGUGGAGAUCGAUCCUACACUUCCCUACCUCUACCUUCCUAAACAGGCCUGUGAUACAAUGGCAGCGGAGCUCCCGGUUACAUUUAACGAAGAUCUGGGUCUAUAUUUCUGGAACACACACGACGAAAGCUACGAGAAAAUAAUAUCCUCCCCGGCAUAUAUGUCCUUCACAUUUGAGAAGAAUGCGACAAACACUCAAAAUAUCACCAUAAAAGUUCCUUUCCAACUUCUAAAGCUUACCCUUCAAGAGCCACUAGUGGAACACAACACAACUUACUUCCCAUGCUAUCCCUCCGACUCCUUCGUCUUCGGCAGAGCUUUCCUUCAAGCAGCCUUCAUUGGCACAAACUGGCAAGAGGGUAUUGGGAGCGGUUACUGGUUUUUAGCACAAGCACCUGGGCCGGCAAUCGGAUCAGGUGUUCAGCAGAGCAUUGGGAUUAGGGAUACCUCAAUCCAGGCUUCAGCCAAUUCAUGGGAAGACAGCUGGGACGGGUAUUGGGUACCUCUUUCGUCGAAGAAGUCCAACUCGAGUCUCUCAACUGGGUCAACUGGUAUUGGCAGCUCCAACUCCGGUAUCUCAACUGGGGCAAAGGUUGGCAUUGGUAUUGGAUGUGCUAUUGGUGGCUUGGUGUUGAUUGGGAUCAUUGCUUGGGCAAUCAUCUCUCGUCGAAAGCGAACAACAAAUUCGCAACCUAAGACCAUGGAUGAAUAUAGCAUUGCACUGAAUCCAGCUGAAAAGGAGACGCCACUUCAAGUGAACGAGUUGUAUACACAUCAUCCAAGUGACCUGCGGUCAGGUAUGGAUAUUCAGGAGGCACCGGGUUCUACUACGAUUCGCCACGAACUUGUGUGA